CAACAAAUAACAAAACAAAUCCGCUGGAAAUGGUGUCCGUUCACUCCUACAAAAUAGUCAAACCACCAAAACCCAACAGAAACUCUUCCAAAUCACUGAUAACCAUUGAAACUCGUCUUUGUAUCCACCCUCAGAAACUGAUAUAAAAUGGACUCCAAUGCCUCUCCACCUUUCCAUUCCUCCUCCAUUCAUUCUCUGCAUAAUCUCUCUCCUCCCAUCCUCCUGCAAUUCAGCGUCCAUGGGUGGCUGUGCGAGCAGACCCAAGGACAUUAAUGGGCAAACCCCAGAGGAGAUCCCGGCCGAGGCCGAGGCCGAGGUCACGGCCACCGCCACCGCUGAGGUGACCAACGAGGCCAUUGAGGUCCAAGCGGCCGCCCCUGUGGUCAGCCAAGUGGCAGCGGAGGAGAGCAAGCAGGAGGGAGAUUCAGCAGAACCAAAAGCUGAGGAGGAGACCAAAAAGACUGGUGACGAGACCCAUGCAGAAAGUCAUGAGGAUGAAGCUACAAAAGAAGAUGUGCAGAAGAGCGAGGUGGCUUCUUCUGCUGAGGAGACAAAGGCUUAAUUAGUUCUUCCUGCUUUAACUGCAAUUGCAAUUCCAAUGAAGGGAAUUAUGGGGAUUGAGGGGGAUGGUGAGGAGGAUCUCUUUUGUUUUUUAUUUUUUAUUUAAUUACUGCUUCGAUGUGAAAACAUUGCAUCUCUCUGUUUCUAAAUGUUCAUUUUGAUAACUGAUUUCUUCUCUUUAAAAAUUCUUUUUUUCUCAGGUUUUAU